AUGUUGUAUUUUAGUUUUUAUGUCAUUUCUUUUUUCUUAAAUAUUAUUUUUACUUAUGCUUUUAUUCCAAAUGGAAGAUUAGUUCAUUCUUCAGUUCUUUUAGAUAGGAAAAUCUAUUUUAGUGGUGGAUCUAUUAUUGGUGCUAAUGCUUCUUCUAGUAGCACAUCGAAUGAAUUUUUUUAUUUGAAUGUUUCUAAACCAUUUACAACAACAGAUGAUGCCUUAAUGCCAUGGAAUGACCUUACUAAUACCAACGGCCCUUUGAAAGCUUCGGCUACAGCGUGUGUUGGUGGAAAAAAUAAUGAUAUGAUUUUUAUUUUUGGUGGCUUUCCUUAUGGUCAAUCUUUUGUUAAUCAAUUUGACCAAAGUAAACAGCAGUGGACUAAUGUCACAACUACUGGAAGUGCUCCCUCGGAUAGAGAUAGUAUUUCAUGUGCUAAAUUUAAUAAUGGUUCAAUUGCUAUUUUUAGUGGUUGGAAUGUGCAAAAUGAUCUUUGGAUAUUCAAUACAUUAACAUUAACAUGGAGUUUAGGCAACGCAACAAAUACACCACCAGCCCGGUAUGGUUAUCGUGCGAUAACUUUACCUGAUGAUAAUAUUUUAUAUAUUGGUGGACGUAGUCCUGCUGAUUCUUCAUUUUUUCCAAUGAAUAAUUUCCCAUUACUUAAUACAAAAUCUAAUACGUGGACAAAUGUGAGUGCAUCUGGACCAACUCCUCCUGUUCGUUAUUAUUUCUCGGCGGUAUUAACUCCUGACGGACGUAUUAUAAUUUUUGGUGGUUUUAAUGCAACUGUAUCUUUCGGUGAUCUAUGGGUCUUAGAUAUAACAACAUAUCAAUGGUCAGCUGGAAACAUUUUAAACUCAAUUGCGGAUUUAGCUCUUCGAGGAUAUAGUGCGACAUUAGUGGAUAAUAAUUAUAUGUUUAUUUCUUUUGGUAAAUUUACAAAUGAAAGUUAUUCGUCAAAAAUAUUUAUGCUAGACAUUAGCCAAAAAGAUUCCUAUAAAUGGGUUACUGAAUUUAUUGUUACUCCAAGUACUACAAUUUCAAGUAAUACAAUUCCAAGUAAUACAAUUCUAACGACUCCAACACCAAAUACUACAACUCAAAGUAGUACAUCUAGUUCGGAAUUUGGAAGCUCUAAAAGUACUAGCUUUAUUAUUGUGGCUAUCAUUGGUGGUACCAUUUCUUUAGUAAUAAUCACGAUUGCCAUUAUUUUAACUCUAAAACAUAUUGAUAAAUAUAAAUAA